GAUAUGGGCAGACAGAAUCUGCAGGAAUUGGAACAAGAGUUCUUAUUGGUGACCUCACGACAUCCCAUGUUGGGGCGCCGUCACCAAGUGUUGAACUCAAGCUCGAGGGAUGGUUGCAUACUGGAGAUGUGGGAGAAAUUGAUGACCGUGGCUGUCUAAAAAUUAUCGAUAGAGUUAAAAAUAUAUUUAAGCUAGCUCAAGGUGAAUAUAUUGCCCCUGAGAAA